AUGGACCGGAAACGCCGGAGCCGUGUCGGCGCGUCUCGUGGUUUGAUCACUGCGCUCUCACUGCUUUCUCUCGUUGCUUUGCCCGGACACGACUGCCUCCAACUUUCUGCCCCAUCCCGUCGGUCGACGCUGACCAUGGACGUCGAUGCAGCCGACGUGGCAGUCGCAACACCACUCCCGCUUUCCCCCCCUCCCGACCAGUAUCACUAUCCCAACAUUCCGACCUACCCUCCCGACUUGCAGGAUCCAGUCGACGAGAUUCACGACCAGUUUUCGAAUGUAGAGCUUGCCGAAUACAAAGGCCUGCGCGAACAGGAUCGAGUUGACGGUGACUUGCCGCCACGGUCGUCUGGCGAGACCCUACCCGAGCAAGAUACGCUCGCGGCCUCUACGUCACGGACUCCCGAACGACUCCCGCCGCUGCCUGUCCCCAAGUCGGAUACGAGAGGCAACGAGAUGGAGGAGGCCCAGAGGGAAAGCGGUACUGUUGAUCAUCCUCAGCAUAAUCCGUCUGCGCCUCCUGCUAACCCCCCAGAACUUGUGCUCCCUCCACCGCGCAGAGAGAGUCUUCCAGCACCCCCAACCCGCAGUGGGACGCCUGGGCUCGACGGUCCACAUCCAGGCGACAGGCAUCCUAAUGGACGCAUUCCAGCUCGUGAUCGUGCUGCCAGUCCUCCUUCAAGACCUGGGUCGGCCGCUUCUCAUCGACGUUCCCUGACAAUUUCGAAAGGGCGCACUGUUUCCGUCGUCCUCAUUUCGUCCGCUCUCGAAACCAUCGCUGCUUCCAAAGAUGCAAAACGCUCGGCACCUUUACGCGAGAGCGUCAAGCGCGCUCUGGAGAUGGUCAAGUCAGGCCAAGGGGGAGACCGUCCGCGUGAGAUCUUCGAACCUUUGCGCUUGGCCUGUGAGACGCGGAAUGAGAAGCUCAUGAUCGCCAGUUUGGAUUGCAUAUCCAAGCUAAUAUCUUACUCUUUCUUCGUUGAAGCUGGUUCAGAAACAAAUUCAUUACCCUCUCCGCCCCCUUCACCGGCGCUCACAGCCCGAAACUCCUUGUCUAAUGGGUCGCAUACCAGUCUUCCAACUGUGUCACUCGUCGAUGUCGUCGUCCACACCAUCACGUCUUGUCAUGCAGAAACUACCCCGGAAUCAGUUUCUCUUCAGAUUGUGAAAGCGCUGCUCGCUCUAGUUUUAUCGCCCACAAUCCUGGUGCAUCAGUCCUCGUUGUUGAAGGCCGUUCGGACCGUGUACAAUAUAUUCCUUCUCAGUACGGAUCCGGUCAACCAAACAGUAGCUCAAGGGGGCCUGACUCAGAUGGUGAAUCAUGUUUUCACACGUUGUAACUUGGACUACCCUCCGAUAUCUCGCAGCGAAUCGAGCAUGACGCUGAACUCUGUGGACGACCAUGCUUCUUCAUACGCUUCCCGUAAUCAACAGUACCCUACUGCUCCCUCUCCACGACAUCCAACGACCGUGCUCCCCCGAGAUUUCCAGCCCAAUGGUAGGGCAUCAUCUCUGGCGGACACGGAAGAUUCUGCAUCAACUUUGGUGAAUGGAAAGGCUCCCGGAUCUCGUAGGUCGUACGACGAUGCGCCCAGCAUGUCUGAGCGUGCAGACUCAAUGGAUGAGCGAUCGGAUCGUCGUCCGAGCGUUAGUGUUUCUGAAUUCUCGCAUCAAGCUCCUGAGCCUUCUGAAACCGCUGCCAGCGAAACCCUUCAUGAGGAAGAAAUCAAUCAUUUGGGUAGACAUCUCACCGCGAACGACUUGUUCAUUAAGGACGCGUUCCUUGUAUUCAGAGCCCUUUGCAAAUUAACUAUGAAACCAUUGAACCCAGAAAGCGAACGGGACUUGAAAUCGCAUGCAAUGCGAUCCAAGUUACUAUCACUCCACCUUGUCUUGACCAUUCUUAACACUCACAUGCCUAUAUUCAUCUCCCCAUCCGCCAUCAUUUAUUCUAGCUCGUCCCACGAGGCUACGUCGUUUGUUCAGGCCGUCAAUCAAUACUUAUGCUUAUGUUUGAGCCGUAAUGCUGUCAGUCCCGUUCCUCAGGUCUUCGAAAUCAGUGUCGAGAUCUUUUGGAGGGUGAUCUCAGGUCUCCGUACAAAACUGAAGAAAGAGGUAGAAGUAUUGCUGCAUGAGAUUUUCAUUCCUAUUUUGGAGAUGAAGACAUCUUCUCUUAAGCAGAAGGUUGUCAUUCUCAAUAUGUUGCAGCGACUAUGCCAGGACCCUCAAGUUUUGGUUGAGAUUUACCUCAAUUACGACUGUGACAGUGAAGCCGUUGACAACAUUUACGAGCACCUAAUGAACAUCAUCUCCAAAAUCGGCACUACAACGGUGACCCAUAUCUCACAGAGGGGGAAUGAUCCCAUCAGUCCAGGCCCUAAUUCUAGUCAUCGUGCUCCUCACCACACUUCGGUUCCCCCUUCACUUAGUACGACAGCGUUGGGGGGGCCUAAUGCUAGUGAAAGUCCCUCUUCCGUCUCAUCUGAGCAACAGCUUAGACGACAGGGAUUGGAAUGUUUGGUAGCAGUCCUAAAAUCACUUGUCGCAUGGGGAACUGCAAAUACUUCGGUGGAUAGUGGUCCGGACACCAGUACUCGGUCUCAGAUUGGCGAAGACAUACGUCGAGAGAAUGCCACGCCUGAGUCGUCUAUCGAAAAGACAUUCCCUCCCUUCCCCCCCUUAUCUGCAGAUCCAACCAGGCAGCCUACUCCAGAUGUUGCGGAUGACCCGACCAAAUUCGAGAGUGCUAAGCAAAAGAAGACCACUUUGCUUGAAGGUAUCAAGAAGUUCAAUUUCAAGCCGAAGCGGGGAAUCCAGUUCUUCUUGGAGACUGGUUUUAUACCAAGCAACUCUCCUAAGGAUAUUGCUAGGUUCUUGUUAGAUACUGACGGUCUUAGCAAAGCGAUGAUUGGCGAAUAUCUUGGCGAAGGCGACGAGGAGAACAUCACCACUAUGCACGCAUUCGUCGACAUGAUGGAAUUCAGGAAUUUGGCUUUCGUUGAUGCACUGCGAACCUUUUUGCAAGCGUUCCGUCUGCCGGGCGAGGCUCAGAAGAUUGAUCGGUUCAUGCUGAAAUUUGCGGAACGCUACAUCGCCGGCAAUUCGCAAACUCCAUUCGCUAAUGCUGAUACCGCAUAUGUCUUAGCCUACUCGAUCAUUCUCCUCAAUACGGAUGCACAUAAUCCACAAGUGAAACGCCGCAUGUCCUUGCAGGACUUCAUCAAGAACAAUCGCGGAAUCAACGAUAACGCCGAUCUCCCAGAAGAACUAUUGACUUCAAUAUACGAUGAGAUCUUAUCCAACGAGAUACGUAUGAAAGAUGAGAUCGAAAAUGCGCCUACUAUUGUAGCUCCAGGCGCGGGUCUCGCUGGCGCAUUGGCCAACGUCGGUAGGGAUCUUCAAAAGGAAGCUUAUGUGAUGCAGUCCAACAACAUGACAAACAAGACGGAGGCCUUAUUCAAGACACUAAUGCGCUCUCAACGGAAAGGCUCAAAGUCUAAUGAUCAGUUCUUCAGUGCUUCUCAUUUCGUCCAUGUAAAGCCUAUGUUCGAAGUUGCUUGGAUCCCUUUCCUCGCUGGUCUGUCUGCGCCCCUCCAAGACAUGGAUGAUCUCGAAAUUGUCGAACUGUGUUUGGACGGCUUCAAAAACGCCAUCCGAAUCGUUUGCUUUUUUGACAUGGAAUUGGAGAGAAACGCGUUUGUGACGACACUCGCCAAAUUCACGUUCUUGAACAAUCUUGGUGAGAUGAAGACAAAGAACAUGGAGGCCAUCAAGGCGCUGCUCGAUGUCGCCGUAACUGAGGGGAACCACCUUAGAGGGUCUUGGCGAGAGGUUCUCACCUGUAGCUUCCAGACACAGGGCGAAAAAGCUGAAGAGGCUUGUCGUCAUAGUCGCGUUCGCAAGCCACCCACCGAAGAAUUGGCAAACGAGAGCCGAUCGACACAUAUCACCGUUGCUGCUGACAUGGUGUUUUCUCUUAGCCAUUACUUGUCAGGAAAUGCUAUCGUGGACUUCGUACGAGCGUUGUGCGACGUCUCUUGGGAGGAGAUCCAAUCAUCAGGUCUCUCACAGCAUCCCCGACUCUUUAGCUUGCAGAAGCUCGUCGAGAUCUCUUAUUACAACAUGAGUCGUAUACGUUUGGAGUGGUCGAAUCUCUGGGACAUCCUUGGUGAACACUUCAAUCAGGUUUGUUGUCACAAUAACCCUCAUGUCGGUUUCUUCGCAUUAGAUGCUCUGCGUCAGCUGGCGAUGCGAUUCCUCGAGAAGGAAGAGUUACCGCACUUCAAGUUCCAAAAGGACUUUUUGCGACCCUUCGAAUAUACCAUGGCUCACAAUUCGAAUCCUGAUAUACGUGAUAUGGUUUUGCAAUGUCUACAGCAGAUGAUUCAAGCACGCGUCGGUAAUAUGCGAUCCGGUUGGAGAACAAUGUUUGGCGUUUUCUCAGCAGCAUCGAAAGCAACAACGGAGCGAAUUGUGAAUUCGGCGUUUGAGCUCGUGACGCGUCUCAACAAGGAGCACUUUACUGCGAUAGUCCGGCAAGGCGCAUUUGCAGAUUUGACUGUUUGUAUCACAGAUUUCUGCAAAGUAAACAAGUAUCAGAAAAUUAGCUUACUGGCGAUAGCGAUGUUGCGCGGCAUUAUCCCUAUCAUGCUUAAUUCGCCAGACUGUGGGCUCACUACGACCACCGAUCAAAACGUGGAUGACCCUAUGAUCAAGUUCUGGUUUCCUGUUCUUUUCGGUUUCUACGACGUCAUCAUGAAUGGAGAAGACUUAGAAGUACGCCGGCUGGCGCUGGACUCUCUGUUCACAACCCUGAAGACAUACGGCAAAACUUUCCCCGUCGAUUUCUGGGAUACUGUCUGCCAAGAGCUACUAUUCCCGAUUUUUGCCGUGUUGAAGUCAAGUCAAGAUUUGUCACGAUUCAGCACUCAAGAAGAUAUGAGUGUAUGGCUUUCUACCACCAUGAUACAAGCAUUGCGCAAUUUGAUCGAUCUGUAUACUUUCUACUUCGACACAUUGGAGCGUUUUCUGGACGGUUUGCUUGACCUCUUGUGCGUUUGCAUUUGUCAGGAGAAUGAUACCCUCGCACGUAUCGGGACCAGCUGUCUACAACAACUGUUGGAGAACAACGUAAAGAAACUGAGUUCUGCGCGGUGGGAACGUGUCGCCACUACCUUUGUCAAGCUGUUCCGGACGACAACGCCACAUCAGCUGUUCGAUGAGAGCUUGCGGGUGGAGAUUGACGGGAACUCUGACAUUCCUGAUUCAGCAGAGUCUAACGGUCAGGCAAUUGUUCCCGCACCACUAUCGCCGAAUGGGGAACAGCCCCAGGCAGACACCAAGGUGUCUCUCAACGAUCGACGACGAAUUUUCAGACAAAUAAUUGUCAAAUGUGUUCUCCAGCUCUUGCUCAUUGAGACGACGAAUGACCUCCUGCGCAACGACGAGGUCUAUAAUACCAUACCUCCGGAGCAUCUCUUACGCUUGAUGGGUGUUCUCGAUCACAGCUAUCAGUUCGCAAGGAUGUUCAACGAUGACAAGGAGCUCCGGACAGGUCUAUGGAAAGUUGGGUUCAUGAAGCACUUGCCGAAUCUUCUCAAACAGGAAUCAAGCAGUGCCUCUACUCUAGUGCAUGUUCUUUUGCGCAUGUACUAUGACUCUCGUCCCGAACACCAAGCAGCUAGGCCCCAAGUAGCAGACCGGUUGAUGCCUCUGGGAUUGGGCGUAUUGGGAGACUUCAACAAACUGCGGCUGGAUACGCAAGCAAAAAAUAUCGCAGCAUGGACACCGGUUGUUGCCGAGAUUCUGCAAGGCUUCGUUCGAUUUGAUGACAAAGCUUUCGGAAGAUACAUGCCGGCAGUAUACCCCCUGGCAACUAACUUACUAUCUCGCGAGAUGUCACCAGAUGUGCGAGAAGGAUUGCGAGAAUACUUCAUGCGAGUGGGGUAUAUACAGGGCAUUAUGGAUCGGACAUAG